CGCGCGAGCCGUUCCAAGGGGGGAAGCUUCUCGCGCUGGUCCAACUUGGUCUACUUUUAACUCGCGGCUCAAGGAUGCCGGUGCUCUCGCGGCUGGGGCCCCGGUGAGCAUCGAAUUUUCCUCGAGGCCGGUGGUGCAUCGUUGCUGUUGUUUUUGUUGUUGCUGUCGACCACGGCCCCCCUACCACUGAGACAUCACUCACGAAGCGAAGAUGCGAGCCGCACUCCCGAGGACCAACAAUGAGGAAGCUGCAGAGUCGACGUAACGAUCCACGGAAGGAUGGCCGCUCGCCAGCCGCUCCCGAGACUAGUGACUCUACUCCUCGUCCUCGGCACCGACAUCCUCUUCCUCGUUCAUGGACGAGGAGUGGUGCUGGACAGCCAGGGUCCGGUGUUGGUGUCGGAGCCGCGCAACUCGGUCGAGUUCUCGAACGACACGGGGGCGAUGGUCCACUGCUCGGCGAACGGGAGCCCAAUGCCAAGGGUCGACUGGCUCAUGGGUGACGGCUCGCCCGUACAUCCGAUUCCCAACAUACGGGAGAUGCUCGUCAACGGGUCCAUGUACUUUUUGCCCUUUGGCGCCGAGAGUUAUCGCCACGACGUGCACUCGGCGGUGUACAGGUGCCAGGCGUCAAACAGCGUUGGCCGAGUACUGGGCCGAGAGGUGUCGGUCAAGGCAGUGGUCCGACAAAAGUACGAGGUCCAGGUGCGCGACGCUUACGUGCUGUCGGGCAACGCGGGCGUCCUCAGAUGCGAGAUACCAGCCUUCGUCAAGGAGUACGUGUCGGUCACCUCCUGGGUCCAGGACUCUGCCUACAACAUAUAUCCCACACCAGACAGCGAUGGCAAGUACCACAUGCUACCGACUGGCGAGCUCCUCGUGUUCAGCGUAACUUCGGCCGACGCUCACGCCAGCUACCGUUGCCGCACCGUCCACCACGUAACCGGCAGCACAGUCGAAAGUUCCUCCUACGCUCAUCUAGUCGUUACUGACCAUCGGAACUCGGUGCCACCUCGGUUCAACGAGCGCGUGAUGCCCGCCCCGGUGAAGACGGGCGAGACGAUAGUCCUGUCGUGCAUCUCGCAGGGCGUGCCACCCCCUACGUACCUCUGGUUUCGCGAAUCCGUCUCCGCGGGCCCGGAGAUGGUGACGAGCUCAGAGCGGGUGCACGCCCGCGCGGGUGUCCUCGUCGUACAACAGGCGAGGCUCGAGGACGCCGGGCGCUACGUGUGCCACGCCAACAACACCGCCGGCUCCGAGAGGGUCGAGCUCGAGGUCGCCAUCAUCAACAGCCUCUCGAUACGCCUCACCCCCCCACAGGUGACGAUAGAUCUGGGCAAGGACGCCGAGUUCACGUGUUCGGUCGAGGGCCAGCCGAUGCCGACGAUAUCCUGGGCGAAGGACGCGCUGCCGAUAAGGGAAGGUACCUCGGGAAGGACGAAAAUCACGGGUACCACUCUGCACAUAUCCUCGAUUACGCGGGACGACAAGGGGAUGUACCAGUGCUUCGCCAAAAACGACUACGAGAUGGUCCAAGCCACGGCCGAGCUGAGACUUGGAGAUGCGGCGCCCCAACUAGUUUACAAGUUCAUCGAGCAGACCAUACAGCCGGGACCGUCGGUGUCCCUCAAGUGCAUCGCAACGGGUAAUCCGACGCCCCACUUCACCUGGACCCUCGACGGUUUCCCUCUACCGCAGAACGACAGGUUCAUGAUAGGUCAGUACGUGACGGUGCACGGGGACGUGAUAUCCCACGUGAACAUAAGCGCGGUGAGGGUCGAGGACGGCGGUGAGUACAGGUGCUCGGCAGUCAACCGAGUCGCCAAGGCGAGCCACGGCGCGAGGCUCAACAUCUACGGGCCGCCGCACGUCAGGCCGAUGGGCAACUACGCGGCCGUGGCGGGCGAAACCACCGUCAUAAAGUGCCCCGUGGCCGGUUUUCCCAUAUCUACCAUCACUUGGGAGAAGGAUGGCCAAGUUUUGCCGACGAGCCGAAGACAGGAGGUCUCGACGAACGGCACCCUCACCCUGCACCGGGUCGACAGCAACACCGACCGGGGCGCCUACACCUGCACCGCCCGCAACCAACAGGACAGGUUCGACUCGCAGACCGUGCACAUCGAAGUCAAAGUUCCGCCCCAGAUAGCGCCGUUUAGCUUUAACAAGGACCUGUCGGAGGGCGUGCGCGCCCAAGUGACCUGCGUCAUCGAGAAAGGCGACGCGCCCUUCGUCAUCACCUGGUCCAAGGACGCCGAGGGCAUACCGAGCGCCGCGAGCCCCAAUUCCCACACCUCCUUGUCCUCGACCUACAGCCGCAAUAGAUACGGGUCCCAGCAGCAGCAGCAAAAUCUAGCCGGGCUACGGGUAACCAGCAUCGACGCCCACUCGAGCACUAUUGUCAUUGAGCGCGUGGCCGCCAAUCACACCGGCAACUACACCUGCCACGCGCGCAACUCCAUCGCCGAGGUCUCCCACACUGCCGAACUCGUUGUCCGCGUACCGCCCCGUUGGCUACGCGAGCCCCAGGACGUUCAUGCGCCAGAGGGUAUGUCGCGGCUGAUGUUGCACUGCCACGCGGAUGGUUUCCCACCCCCGAGCGUGACUUGGCGCAAAGCGAGCGGCAACAAGCCCGGCGACUACAAGGACAUUGCCGGUCACGAGCACACCCACGACCCCAAAAUCCACUCGAACGGCUCGCUCGUGUUCGCCCGCGUCCAGGAGGACCACGAGGGCUUCUACCUCUGCGAGGCGGUCAACGGCAUCGGCGCCGGCCUCAGCAAGGUCGUCUACCUCACCGUCAACGCCCCGGCCCACUUUGCGAUAAAACACGAGAACCGCACGGCCAAGCUGGGCACGAACGCGCAGCUGCGUUGCGAGGCGAAGGGCGACUACCCGUUGAAAAUAGUGUGGCGCAAGGCCGGCUCGCAACUGGAGCCCGCGGUCUCGGACUACCGAUACAUCGUCAAGGAGCAAAACACGACCGAGGGCGUGGCCAGUAUACUCGGGCUCGUCGGUACGACCCGCGACGACAGCGGCAGGUACUUUUGCAGCGCAAGCAACGCCUACGGCCACGACGAGAUGACAAUACACCUGUACAUCCAAGAGCCUCCGGACUUCCCGAGGAACUUGCGGGUGAUGGAGAAGGGCAGCCGGUUCAUCAAGCUCGGCUGGACACUGAGCCAGGACGGCAACAGCCCCAUCACCCAGUACAUCGUCGAGUACAAAUCGGAAUCUGAAGUUUGGCACGACCAUACGUUUCACACGACGGUGCCGGGGAGCCAGGCCCACGCCCACAUAAGCGGCCUCCGACCGGCGGUCACAUAUCAAUUCCGCAUCUUCGCCGAGAACGAACUUGGCAGGAGCCAACCCAGCGACAUUCUGGACGCGAUGACGGAAGGCGAGACGCCGGGCGGGCCGCCGAAAAAUCUUAAAGUCGAGGCAGCCAGCUCGACGGAGCUGAAGGUGACGUGGGACCCCCCGGACGACGAUCUGUGGAACGGCGAGAUCCUCGGCUACCACGUCGGUUACAAGGAGCAAAGACACGGAGCGGAGUACGUGUACCGCACGGUCGAGGGCAGCAUCUCGACGGCCAGCAUAGCCCUGGGCCUCGCGAGGACGGCCAUACCCGGGCGCCAGUGCCAGCUGACGAACCUAAAAAAGUACGCUCGCUACAGCAUCGUCGUCCAGGCUUACAAUUCCCUGGGCGCCGGACCCAUGACCCCCGAAGUCGUAGCCACGACCCUCGAGGACGUGCCGUCGAGUCCGCCGCAGGACGUGCGGUGCACGGCCCUGUCCUCGCAGUCGCUCCAGGUAUCCUGGGACCCGCCGCCCAACUCGAGCCUCAACGGCGUCCUCAAGGGCUACAAGGUCACCUACGAGAACAUGGACGCGCUGGCCGACGCGACCAAAAUCGAGAACAAGAGCACCAGCCCCCUCGUGCUGACUGUCGUCCUGACCAACCUCGAAAAGUUCACCAACUACUCGGUCCAGGUGUCGGCGUCGACCAAAGCGGGGGACGGUGCGGUGUCGGCCCCGCUGUACUGCGUCACCGAGGAGGACAAGCCGGAGAUGCCCGCGGGUAUAAAAGCGGUGGCGAGCUCGGCCACGUCGGUGAUUGUGUCGUGGCAGCCCCCCCUGCGCAGCAACGGCAUCCUCACCUCGUACAGCGUGCACGUGCGCUCCGUCGGCCCGGACGGCAAGUGGUACAGGCGCGCCCUGCCGCCCCACGAGACGUCCUACCUCGCCGAGAACCUACACAAGAAGAACCAGUACGAGUUCAAUAUAGCGGCUGUGACGUCGUCGGGCGAUGGGCCUCGCACUCCCUCGAUCGUUGUCUCGCCGUCCAGCGAAGUGCGAGCGGCGGUUUACUCGUUCGGCUCGACGCUGGUGGUGCCGUGGAAGCAGGACGUCCUGCUGCCGUGCAAGUGGGUCGGCAAACCCGAGCCGACGGUCACGUGGAAGCAGUGGGGCCAGGUAUUGAGGUUCGGCGGCUCGUCGAGGGUAACCCUCGAGAACGACGGCUCGCUGCAGAUACGGGAACUCCACAGGGAGGACAGCGGCAAUUACACCUGCCAGGUGGAAAAUCGCUACGGCAGCGAUCAGAUCACCCAUCGUUUGACCGUCCAGGUGCCACCAGCGGCGCCGCUGUUGCACGCGACGAGCGCGACGAGCAACUCGAUAAAGGUGCAGUGGAAAAACGGGGACGACGGCGGGGCGCCGAUCCGAGGCUACAUCCUCCACUUUAAGCGCGAGCUCGGCGAGUGGGAGGAGAUAAAGCUGUCGCACAAGAGCAACAGUUACCAAUUGACGCAGUUGUGGUGCGGUACCGAUUACCAGGUUUACCUGACCGCGUACAACAGAAUCGGCAUGGGCUCGCCGAGCGAGAUCGUCCGCGCCACGACCGAGGGCUCAAAGCCCCACGACUCGCCGACCAGCCUCGACAAGUUCGUCACGGUCAACGUAUCCUGGAUAACCUUGCACCUGCUCGCUUGGAACGACGGUGGCUGCCCCAUCACCUACUUCGAGCUCGAGUACAAGCGCGCCGGCGAGGAACUCUGGACCCUCGUCUCGAACAAGAUCGAGGUGCUAAAGUCGUACACGCUGAGCGAGCUCCAGCCGAGCAUGACGUACGAGGUGCGGGUGAGGGCUCACAACGACGCGGGCUCCUCGAUGGCCGAGUACAAGCUGACGACCCUGCAGCCGCACAGCAGCUCGACCGUGCCCGCAAUUGACGUCGACCGCUACAUACCCCAGCACACGACCGUCUACGCGGACGCCAAGCUCGUCGUUCCUCUAAUACUCAGCUCGUGCGCCCUCGUACUCGCCGCCGGUGCUGUCUUCUACUGCCUACGGAAGCGGCCUUUGAUGGGUGACUUAGGGAGUCUCCACGACGCCCAGACGGCCGCCGCGCUGGACAAUAAGCAGAACAUGGAGCAACGCGAGCAGUACUACGCGACUGUGCGCAAGCCACUGCGCUCGCCUAUUCACGAGAUGGGUACGUUGGAAAGGAUACCAGAGUACUCCGAGGACAUCUACCCGUACGCCACGUUCCAGUUGAAGGAGAGCGUGCCACCGGGUGGCGACAGCCGCUGCGAUUCAGCGGCACCCCUGCAGACCUUCGUCUACCACGACCCUCGACUCACCGCCGCCGACACGCUCCAGCUUCGCGAGUCGGAUUGCAACCGGUACGCUAAGGUGCGCGGGGGCCGCUCGUCCUCUGGGCAGUUGCAUAAAAAGACAAGUCAGGGCAAGUCCGAGUCGGAGGAGUACGACACCCUGGGCUCGGACAGCGACACGGAAGUCGGGACCAGCAGCCGAACCGAGUCUUCCAAUCACCUCGUCGAUUCCCACCACUCGGCCUCUGCGGCCGAUGCGCGCGCUCACAACUUCUUGUACCAUGGACCAGAAUCUAGCACGUCUACAGAACCCUCACCGAUUUUUGAGAGAAAAUCGUUUCCUGGAAGGGGACGACCCAAGAUGCUACAGUUGGCGCGUUAUACCGGCGAGGAGGCCAGGCCAAACAGCAACAACAGCCACGGUCCAGCAGCCCCAGGCCCAACAGGCCAGCGGCAGCCACCAGCACACGGGGGGCCUGGCCAUCCCAAGCACCAGCCGGGGGGGCAGGAGCGUGACGGACCAGGGCAUAACAUGUUCAUCCCCAAAUUGGAUCCACCCCGGGGUUUCACCGACGCGUUUGAACUGAACGGCGAGCCCGAGUACGAGCCGCCCCUGUUACCUCUGCACCUCAACCACCAACAACAACAACAACAACAACAACAACACCAACAACCACAACAGCAACAGCAGAGGAACAGCAGCAACAAUCAUCGCGACUUUGUCAUCGCCGUGUAAAUAUAUACGUAUACCUAAUACGAUAUAAUGAAGCAAAGACUCUUUGACGAUACGUUAUAUAAUAUACAAUGCCCAUCACGCGUCCGCACGACUGUAUACCUCAUUUAAACUGCCAAAUGACCCUCGAGAGAAAUACGCGACUGCAUCGUCAAACCACGAGACUAAAUAUUAUAUAUAUAUUAUUAUUAUACACAAUACCCCCCCCCCCAUACCUGUGUUUUGCUCGUCAUACUGCCCGAUGUGGGAAAAAAAAAUAAGCUGAACUCGUGGCGGCAGCGUAUUGUACCCGAUUCAUCUCUAUAUUGUGUGUGACGAUAUGUGUAAUUUUAAGGAGACACGCGCGAGAUUUGAUAGCUGAAGAUAUUAUCGCGAUCGAUACAUAUUGUGUAGCGGGCUGUUGUAGGCAGUGACACCUGUGUCUGUCUGUCUGUCUGUCUGUCUGUCUGUGUGUACAUUUUAAGGAGCCGAAAGCAAAGUACCUAUAUACAUGUCUAUCGAACCGCUGUUUGAGAAAAUUGACUAGAGAGAGAUUUUUUUUUUUCCGAGUGACUGGUGGUGCAUGAUGAUACGGCGUGCAGAAGCACCGUGGCCGUGUAUCUCGUAUUUUGUUUAUGUAUAUUAUAUAGGUGUAAGUGGAAGGGAAUGAGACGGACGCAUAUACAAAUAUAUAUAUAUAUAUAUUGAUCUCGUUAUAGUCGAUGAUAAGUACUUAUUAAGCUAUGUAUACUAGAGUGUGAUGAGACGGUGAAUGGUGUGCGCGUGUGUAUGCGUGAGAGAGCGAGGGAGAGGGUGGAGAGAAAAAAUGAAACGAAGCAGGCCAUGAUCGUACAUUUUUCCGGAGUGGUUGAUAAAUAAAGGUGAAAGGGAAAUAAGGAGUUUAAAAGAUAAAUAUGCGCCGGCAAAAAUUGUCCUGUUGAUAUCGUACACUUUAUAAUAUAUAUAUAUUAUUACGAGAAAUAAAAAACAAAAUAGUGAUU